GUCUCUCUAAUGCUGUCACCAUGUUUUCCUUUUAGAGAGAAAAUCCAAGAAGGGAGAUUAGCAGAGGGACCUCAAUUUUUUUCCAGAGUCUCACCUUGUGUAAGUGCUGCUGUGUCCUUUCUAGACCUCAAACCACCCAGAUCACUGGUGUUUAACUGAAUCCAUGGCAACAGGGGAUCCAGCUGCAUUCCAAGAAUCCUUGCAAAGCACCUUGGUGAAGGGCAUGGCAACUUCAGGGAAGGCAGGGAUCCCAUCAGGUGUCAUGAAGGCAUUAGAUCCACGCCAGUUAAAGCCUGAUAGCACGGAGACAGAAAGAAUCCUAACUGUCUUGGAUGAGACCAUUGUCAAGCUGGAGAUCACCAGGUUGAUCUCACGGAUUAUUGGAUCCCUGGAGAGGUAUGCUAGGAUGUUGGGACCUGAGAUCAUGAGCAGCCUUUUGGAGCAUCAGAAGCUUUCAGUGACAGUACAGGACCUGCUUGCCAGCCCUGGAGAUGAGGAGACUGUGAGAGCUGUGGAGCAAUGCCUGAAAUGCUCCCUGAGAAACAUCCUGAGGCUCUUUCUGGCCAACCCCUUGCUUUACCAUGGUCUGAAAUACAAAGUUCCAGUGAAAGAGUCACCAGCUGAUGUGUUUAUCAAAGCCUUUAUGGAAUUCCGGGAUUUCACGCUUGAGAGGCUCCUGACCAGUCCUGAUGAAGAGGAGGAAAAGAUUAAAUUCAUGAAACGCAUUUCCCUCCAGGUUGAGAAAAACAUGGAAACGAUCUCAGCUCUACGGGAAGAGCUGGCAGCAGUCAUACAGACUCGAGAUGAGGAGGUUAACAGGAAGGACAAAACGAUUGAAAACCUCAAAACCAGCAUGGAAGCUCUGGCCAAGGACUGCAAGGCUGAGAUCCAGCAGAUCAUGAAGGAAGGAAAAAAGCAGCAAAAAGAGGAUGAGAAAGCCUCGCAGGACAGGUGUGCCAGGCUGAAGCAGGACAUUCAGCACCUGGAAGUACAGUUCAGUGCACUGGUGCUGGAGCAUCGAGCCUCAGAGCUGGUUCUCAUGAAGGAAAAGUGCAAAGCAGAGAGGGAAAUUCACGAAUGGGUCCAGAAAUAUGACAUAGAAAUGUCAGAAAAACAGACCACAUAUGAAGAGAUCCAGGCUGUCUACAAUGAGGAGAAGGAACAGUUGUCCCUGCUGAUGGAGAAACACGCACUGCUGCUCCAGGAAUACACUGCGAUUGAGGAGGAGCGCAGGAUGCUUAAGGAGAAGGAGGAGGAAGCUGCACGGGAAGAGGCCAGGAGGAAUGAUGCUGCCACCUGCAUCCAGGCCUUCUGGAAAGGCUUCUUGGUGCGGUCCAUCUACAAGGCAAUACUGAAGAAAGGCAAGGGCAAGGGCAAGGGGAAGAGAAAAGGGAAGAGGGUACAAGGAAGGGAAAAAAAGGCUGGG